AUGGCACCGGAGAAUAAGCAAAUUAUCCAGCAAGUGGAGUUCUACUUUAGUGAUGCGAAUAUUGUAAGAGAUGAGUACUUGAAGAAGGUUAUUCAAGCAAAUGACGGCUGGGUUCCUCUGUCUGUUAUAAAUUCAUUCUCUAAAGUUAAAACAUUCGGCAAAACAAUUGAUCAGCUAGAAGAAAUCUUGAAAGAGAGCGAAAAGCUAAAGGUUGUGGAGGGAAAGAUCCAAAGAAUCACUCCUCCUCCUUCAUUUGAUGAGCACAAAGGAGAUGAAAGGACUUUAAUUAUAAAGAACUUCCCAUCUGAGUACACUCUGGAAGACGUCCAGAAUGUGCUUUCUCCAUUUUCUGCAAGAAUUGCCAGAAUUGCCAUGCGAAAGGAUGCCUUAAAGGAGUUUAAGGGGUCUGUGUUUGUGGAAAUGAAUGAGAAAGACGACAUGGAAAUACUUCUUGAUGCAAAGAUAUCAGUAGACAUGCCAGUGGAUGAAGAGAACUCAUCUAACAGCCCCGCCAAGAAGGCAAAGAUACAGCUGGAGGUAUCCACAGCAGAGGAGUACUUUGCCAAGAAGAAGGAGGCAAAAAAGGAAGAGAAAGAAAAAAAGAAGCAGGAGGUGCAGAAAGUAGUAAUUGACUCAUUCAAGAACAAAAUCUUCAAGUUCACAGCAGAAAGAGCAGAGCAGAAGCAGAGCAGAAGGAAGCAGAUGAGAAGACAGAAGUAUCCAAAGAAGUCUCAGAAGAAGAGAUCAGUGCCAUUAAAAUAUCUGACAUAA